AUGGCUGACAUUCUUGCCCCUACCGUUGCUGAGAUGACUUUGACUACCUCCCCGUUGAUGAUGGGAACAGACAUGCUCCCGAGCAGCCCGAGCGACGCAGGAGACAAUGCACUUGUCUCUAUCUCGACGCGUUUCCACAUGGGCGAACGCGAUAUGCAGGAUGCAGAUAUCGUGCUAUUUUCAACAGACAACGUCGAACCAAUUUGGGGGGUUACUAAUGGAGAACGACGGAUGGACGAAGAAGUCGACGUAUCCAAGCCCAUGGCUGGCCUGGACCUCACAGCCCCAACACCCACUCUCGUUGUCGUCCCGUAUCCCGCAGACGUGGUCAACGUUAUUCUGCAUUUAAUCUACGGGUUCCCGGUGCAACGCUACCAACCACCUGCGUCUGUCCUACGCCAGGUCCUACCGGCGCUUGUCGCAUUGGGAUACAACCUGCAUGCGUUUGUCACCCCCCAUUCCGAGCUCUUCUUGCUCCUCGUCCAAGCUGCUGCAUCGAAUCCCUUGCCCAUGUACACUCUGGCCGCCCAGCAUUCCCUCGAACAACUUGCCGUCGCAAUAAGCCCAUUCACGCUCUCCGGGCCACUGAGCGAUAUUACAGAUGAGAUGGCCCAGCAAAUGGGUCCUAUCUAUCUCAAACGCCUUUUCUUUUUGCAUCUGGGACGCACUGAUGCGCUUAAACGCCUACUUCUCCCACCCCCUGUCCCACAUCCGCUCACACCCGGAUUCGAGUGCGAUGUCGAUGCCCAAAAGGCUCUGGCGCGUGCAUGGGCGCUGGCAUGUGCAUAUGUAGUCGUCGAAGGUCGCCCCGACUCUUUGGCUGCCUCUCUUAUUCCCCUUGGUGCCCAUCUACGGUGCUCCCUCUGCCGACGGAGCAUGGAGGAGCGUGUCAACUCGCUUCUCAGUGGCUGGAACGCAGUAAAAUGCACCAUUUGA